AUGAUAACAAAUGAAGUGCUAAUGGUACGGCCGAGUUGUUUCGGGUUCAAUCCUGACACAAGUUCAACGAAUAGCUUCCAACAGAGGGUUGAUGAAGGCGGAGUAAACGAGAGAGCGCAAAAAGAGUUUGACGAUAUGGUUGCGGCUUUGGAGAAAGAGGGAAUUAAGGUGAUAAAGGCUCAGGAUGUGACAGGAUAUACGGGUACUGAAAAUAGCAUGACAAGGACACCGGAUUCGAUCUUUCCAAAUAACUGGGUCUCUACUUAUUCCCGAAAUGGCAAGAGGCAUUUAGUGCUGUAUCCUAUGUGUGGUGCUAAUAGAAGGACUGAGCGACUGGGUGAGGCAACCAAAAAGCUCCAGGAACGGGCAGAUUUCACAGACGACAUGACCUCUUACGAGAAGGAAAGUAAAUUCCUAGAAGGAACGGGAAGCAUGGUUCUUGACCACGAAAACAAGAUCUGCUUUUCGGCCAUUUCUCCCCGCACAGAUUCCCAAUUAGUUGCGGAGUGGUGUGCGAAGAUGGGAUAUGAACCCAUACUGUUUACAGCGAGACGGAGCUGCAAUCAGGAAUUAUUUUAUCACACCAAUGUCCUCAUGUCAGUCUGUCCGGAAUACGCAAUUGUAUGCCUAGAUGUUAUUGACCCAAUGGAUAGAGAACGGGUAACCAAAGCUCUUUCAGCGAAGCCCAGCCGCCCUUUGAUUGCCAUUGCCGAAGACCAAGCCGACCGCUUUUGCGGAAAUACCCUCGCCCUUAGAAACUCUGCUGGUUCAAUUACAACGGUCAUGUCCACGACCGCUGCUAACGCUUUCAGCACUCAGCAAAAAGAUAUAAUCGGACAUAUUUGUGCUGUCAACAUACCCACUAUAGAGACGGUUGGAGGAGGAAGCGCGAGAUGUAUGCUUGCCGAAAUUUUUUGGUAG